AUCGGUACGAGGUUUAGGUUUUCUCUGCGAUGGACCGCGACGACACGAUCCCAGCGACGCGCAACUGCGAUCUUGUUAUCUCGGACAAGACCGCGCUGGAUUUGGAGAACAAAGUGCUGGAUCCGGGGGUCUCGGAGGAGAGUGACGCAGUGGAUCUAGCGGUGGAGGCCACGAACGUCUUGGGCCCCUUCGUAGAUGCUCUCCUCCCAGCCAAUUGCUCACGCGCAGGGUAUUCCAGCGACGACCACUACCCAGAUCAUGGAAGUUUGUCAAGAACAGGUGAUAGCAGUCUCCACGAAGAAGUACUGCGAUGGAAGAACAGUAGCAACGAAGGAGAACAAGUUUUACCAACUGGAAGAGAUGGAGGUCACACCGAAGAGCGAACUUUAGAGGCUGGGGAGUUCUCGGGCCAGGGGGAAGAGUUUCCGGAUCAAACUGGAGAGCUCUCGGAGGAUCGAGCUUCCGCAGCUGGAAAGCUUCCGGAUCAAACUGGGGAAGUGGAGUUUCCAUCCAAUGCUCUCUCCAACGGACCUGAAGAACACAAGAUGGAUGAGGACGACGACGACGAGCAAGGCUUACCAACACGGAGCCGACCGGCUUGCAGCCGAUCCAGCACCUUCUCUGAGAGGAGCGUAGAGUCGUGUGACAGUUUCGUGAGCGCCGAGUCGCGGCUGGAGCCAUUCGCCGAGCGGGAGGAGCUGAUCAAGAUGUUCGAGACGUUUGAUGAGAAUGGUGACGGGAAGAUCUCUUGCGAGGAGCUCGGCAACACGAUGAAGAAGCUGGGUUUCGAGAUGUCGAGGUCGGAGCUGGAGAGCAUGGUGGUGGCCGUGGACAAUGACGGGGAUGGCUUCGUCGACUUUGAUGAGUUCCUGGCGCUCUACAGCAACAUCUACUACGAUGAUCAGCACCACAGGGCCAGGGACGGUGAUGAGCAGGAUCUGCGAGAGGCCUUCUCCGUCUUUGACAAGAACAAGGACGGGUUCAUCACGGUUGUGGAGCUCCAGGCGGUGCUGAGCAGCUUGGGACUGAGAGACGGGGGCGUGAAGCUGGCGGACUGCCAAAGGAUGAUCAAAGCUGUGGACGCGGACGGCGAUGGCCAGGUGAACUUUGACGAGUUUAAGCGCAUGAUGGCCAGCAACUUAUUGGAGAAGUAGCUUAGUAACGAGACGGGAGUGUCGCUCGCCGGGCCACGGCUCUAUCGGUAGCGCGCGUUAUUGAUCUAUAGAUGACGGUGUGAUCUUGGGCUACAUCACAAAAACCAGACUGUUGGCAUCAAGACAAAGGAAUCAAGAUGGAAGCACUCACUGCUCACAUUACAGUGACAUAAAAAAUGUUUCGUCCACUUCGUCUACGCAGUCUUCCCAUUUCUCGUCGUCGUUGUCUGUAAUGGUACUCGUGUCCGAGUUCGUGCUUCCCUGCUUGAGUAAGUAGUAUUAUAGCAAAUUAAACUCUAAAAAAAGAAGAGUACCUCCUCUCCGAUUAUGCU